AUGGACAACGGUACUUGUCAUGAUCGGCGAACUGGGGGUGGUAUGGCUCAGCAUGAUGAUUGUCCACUACUGCAGCCAGGGCGCUUCGACAGGCGGGCUGGCGGAAAUGGUAUGUUCUGUUCACCCAGACCAAUUGCUUAUACAUGUAUCUGUUCUCGUGUGUCUGAAGGCACUGUAUGCGAUGCUCAGGGUGCCGUGAAGGAGUGUUUGAAGAAGAAAUUCGACAAGAAUGACCUCCGCAUGAAGUUCGCCGCCGAACUGGGCCUCCUCGUGCUGAAGAUCAAUCACAGACAUGGCUACAAGCACAAGGACUUAUACGAGAAGAUGGUGGGGCUGUCGUGGAAAAAGGUCGCCCUGAGGGGUGUCCAAUACUGGGUGGGCAUAGCAACGACACAGAGGAAGGUUCGGUGAGUGAAAGGUGAUGACUCCAUUCUCUUGUUCAGAUGGAAAUCACAGCGGCCUCGCUGCCUCGCUGCCUCUUAAGAUCGACGUGCACAGGGAGCAUUCAAGACCCGAUCACUCCCUCAGGUGGCCAUGCUAGCGAGGGCCGGGAAAGGGGCAGUGUGUGUGAGGUGAUGCUUGGAUGUACGUAUGUGCCGGCGACGCUGACGCGUGUUGGACUGGUGUGGAUGGGUGUGCGGGAGGGGGGAAGUGGUGUAGGGGGAAGUGGUGUGUGACGGACGAGAGAGAGAGAGAGUGAGUGCCUUGAUCAGAUGCGACGGGAUGGACACCAUCUGUCAACGUCAUGUAUGUCCGAUACUGUGUGUGGGCAUUCAUGCCAUGUCAGU